AUGUCUAAAACUCAAGUUAUUACUCACCCUCGUAUAUUUUGUGGAUGAAGAUCUCGAUGAGUAACUCCGUUGUAGUGCAAAGAUUCGAGCCCAAUGAGUAUCUAUCCCUGGCCGAACUCGAGCAGCAAUUUUUGACAUCAUUUCUCCCAAGUCUCCAGAGCUGAGAAUGGAGCCUCUCACUCCAAGUAUCAGCUUGCCUCAUAAAGUCCAUCCCCAAGCUGUCCUGCGAAAAUCUUUACGCCACACUUCCGAAAAGCUUCCAGCAAUUGACCAACGUUCCAGAGGAAGCCUAGACACAAAUCGUACUUUAGAUGAUCAUUACAAAUUCCUGAAAGGCAUAGAAACUUUUAAUGAAACGACUCGUAUUUCAGUCAAGCAAAAUGGACGCACAAAAGCAUAUGCUGCAAGCACCAAUGCAGGACUAGUCCGUGGUUAUAAUGAAGACCGAGUCAGCAUUAUCAACAAUAUUAUAAAACCACAAGGCCGAGUUGGAGAAAUAUGGCCGAAAUGCUCGUUUUUUGCAGUCUAUGAUGGCCAUGGGGGAUCUGCUUGUGCAGACUUUUUAAGGGAUAACUUGCACCAGUAUAUCAUAAAAGAGCCAAACUUCCCUGAAAACCCCAAAGUAGCUAUAAAACAAGGAUGUAUGGCUGCUGAGCAGGAUUUUUUAGCCCAAUGUCAAGGAAGAUAUAUAGAAAAAUCAGGCUCAUGCGCAAUUAUUGCUUUAAUUUUCGGAGAUAUGUGCUAUGUAGCCAAUGUAGGAGACUCAAGAGCCAUUAUGAGUGCUGAGCGAGGGAGCAAAAUUCAUCAACUUUCAAGAGAUCAUAAACCUUCUGACGAAGAAGAGAGGUCAAGAAUCAUUCAAGCUGGCGGAAGGGUCUACCAAACACCUAUUUUCCUUGGGCACAAUGCUGAAUCUCCAGUUUUAGGACCUUUUAGAGUGAAUCCAGGAAGAUUGUCCGUUUCUCGGACUUUCGGAGACGUUGAAGCCAAAGUGCCUCAGCUGGGCGGGAAUCCAAAAGUGGUAAUUCCGAAUCCGGAAGUGAAAUCAUUUAGAAUUACAAAAGACAUGGACUUUAUCUUACUCGCAUCUGAUGGGAUUUACGACAAGCUGACCAAUAGAGAAAUCAUAAAUUGCGCUUGAAAUUCAAUUUCAGAUGUAAGAGCAGUCGACCUGCACCACAAAUGUGGUGCAGUCGUAGACAGUGUCAUAAAACUAGCACUUAAUAGGCGAACAAUGGACAACGUGACAGUGGUAGUAAUUGCUUUGCCUGGGUUUAAAAAAUUUUCUAGAGAAACCUAG